CCCCUCCCAAGGGCGACCGACUUUCCUUGUCAACACUCAGCCUCGCCGGCGUGGAAUGCAUUCGGACAUCCAUGUAGCCGUCCGCUUCCAUGAUCAAUCCGUGUUUGCGGGCGAGCAGCUCCGGUGCACCAUCACCUUCAGAAAUGUCGCAACCACGUCCGAGCCGCCCACGCCUUCGUUCCAGAGCCUGCGGAGGCAGAGGCGCGAGAGCAUCAGUCAGCUUGCCGCCGCGCAGUCGACCAAGCCCAGCACUGUGCUGAGGCUGAGCCAGAAUGGCCAGAAUGGCCGGUCGACCGGCCACGAGCAGGCUGCUGACCAGGCUGGCCGGCAGGUGCCAUUGGGGUCAUCGUACACAGACAAUCCGGCCCACGUUCAAAGGCCAGCUCACAAGCAACAGAGAUCCGUGUCGAUAAUCUCGCUGACUUCUCCGACCAUUGCGGGCGAUCUCGAACACGGCGCGCCUGGGGGCUGGACCAAGCCAAAAAAGCCGAGUCACUCACGCUCCUCCACCGUCCAGAUUCAUCAUGCUCCGCAAAGAAGAACCAGUCAGCAGUAUCACCGGGACUCUCAGACGAGUCUUCAACUGCCACCCAGAGGCGGUCGUCGAAGUCCCUUGUCGGCAGCGGCUGGUGGGAGUCGGGAUUCCUCCUCCGACUUUAGACAUACUGCGGCCAUAGACAACACUAGAAGCCAGCACUCAGACAACGAGCCCAACGACCUGCAAAUCCCCAGCCCUGUCGAUUCGGGCGAGGCUGCUAAAUCUUCGAGGACUGGCCCCGACCUUUCUAGCGAAAGGAGCAGUGGCGAUUUCUACUCCCUCAGCAACCACUCGCAAGAGACACUCAUGUCGGAGCAACCUUCAAUCAUGUCAGACCAUCGGCCUGCUUGGAUCAACUCUACGGUCAUGCCCCGGCGACCGCCGUUGAGGCCGGCGCACCGGCCGCAAGCCGUUAACCUUCUGAUGGGCUACGCGCAGUUGAGCGCCACGUUCACGCUGGACGCCUCGCUGAUCGACCAGUCGCACUUUGAGGAAGUAAAAAGCAAAGGGUUCCUCGGCGGCCAGGCGGGCGGCGGCGUGGUCGGGGUCAAGAAGCCGCGGCCGAACAGUGGCUUCCUGGGACAUUUCAACCUCAACGCCCUGGGCGGCUCCUUGAACAGCCUUAUGGGGGGGGAAGAUAUGAGCAGCGUCAAGGAGAUGCACGCCGUGAGCAACUCUCGCGCCAUCCCCAUUCUCUCCACGCCGCAGUCGCUGUUGUUCGUCGAUAUGCACCUCGAGCCCGGCGAGGAGCGGACCUAUUCUUACAGCUACCCGUUACCUCGAGGCUUACCGUCCAGUCACCGGGGCAAGGCCAUAAAGAUUGCAUACAACCUCACGGUCGGCGUCCAGGGCGUGCCUGGGAGUCGGGACGUGCACACGGUUCGGCAAGUCAGCAUCCCAAUCCGCGUCUUCCCAGGAGUCAGUCACGACGGCGAGAUCUACGGCCAUGAUCUGAUGCAACCCCAUGUUAUUCUGCGCGAUCUCGCUCGUACAAAGUCUAUCUCUGCCCCGCAGGACCAGGAGGAAGGAGGCACCCCGACGACUCAGUCGGCUGAGAAGUCCAGCGUGGAGUUUUUGCAGUUCGUGGACACGCUCCUCGACCACAAUCGCCGCCGGCAGUCGAGCUCGGGGACGAUGGAGGCAUUUCUGAACACCCAAGACGCGGGGGGCCGCGGAAAGGCGCUUCAUGCCAUCGACCGAGCAAUCCUCUACAGCAACUCCCUGUCGGAUAGCGAGUCGAGCCCCAACCGCUUCGAGAUUGCACGGAACGGAUCGCGCGUCGCGGUCAUUGUUAUUGACCGGCCCCUCCAUCGAUUGGGCGAGACAGUCACGGCCGUCAUCGACUUCUCUGAAGGCCAAGUCCCCUGUGCUUCGCUGAAAGCGACCCUCGAGACGUCGGAGAAAGUCGCGCCCUCCCUCGCAGUCAGGUCCGUCCACACGAUCAACCGCAUCACACGGAAAGUCUACGCCGCCCGCUCCGAGAACAUCCUCUUCGCCCAACGAGCCACGUUCGCACCUAGUAUCCCGGCCUCCGCAACACCCACGUUUGUCACCUCGGGGGUCAAUCUCGACUGGAGUCUUCGUUUCGAGUUUGGAACCAUCAAGCCAGUUGAGAAUGACCAGGGCGAGUUUAAACUCGUGACGCAUUUGCUCGAGGAAGUGGUCAACGAUGAGCGAGGCACGGUGAAUGUUGCCGCGGAAAAUCUCGAAUGCGACACUUUUGAGGUGGUGAUCCCCAUCACCGUGUAUGGCGAUCUGGUCCCUGAUGGCAAGGAAGGCGAGGAGAUUGUCGGUAUCCCGGUUUGAAAGCCUUUCACGGCUUGUACAAUGUAAAUUCAAGAACUAUAAACCCAACAUACGCGAGCAGCAUGGCCAGGCCAACCAAGCGAUGCGUGCCGAGCAGAAUCAUGACGGUCAAAAAGGCCGAGGACGUCCAGGUCCACACGAUCUCGUUGGUGUAACUCGAGCCUUGGGCAAGGCUCUUUGAGCUCAAGAUGGUCACGCCGAGGCAUAGGGUCAACAAGAAUAUGUUGCUUCCUACAGUAUUCGCCACCAUGCUGACCUCGCGUUAGUGUCGGAGAUUUGUAUGCGAGACGAUGUAAUCAAUCUUUUGUGGGGACUGUGUUGGCAAACACAAAUUGCCAGAUUUGGGGGGUUUGGAACUUACAUUCCUGGGUGGCCUCGGUACCCGCUGAUGACAGCGACAAACUUCUCUGGUAGAGUUGUUGCCAGGGACAAGAGGGUCGCUCCAAAUACGGUUUCGGAGACGUUGAAUCUCGCGGCUAGUGACUGGGAGGAGUGUGAGAGGACAUAGCCGCUGAUGGAGAGCGCGACGAAAGCCAGGAUCAGCUUGACCAGAUAAAACAGAGUGGAGGGCCGCGUUCUCCUGCGACCUAUCAAGGCACUUGACUCGUCAACGCCCUCCGGCCCUGGGUUUCCCUCACGAGGAAUCCCCCCCCCGGGAGCAGAUCGCACCUCCGGAUCUCCCUCAGACUCCGAGUCCGAAUCAUCAUCGUCAUCCGACUCUGCAUCCGACUCCUCAGGUGCGUCCAGGACGCCCCGAUAGAUGGACCAACCGAUCCCCGCCAGAUACAGCCCGAAGACGACCACCAAGACCGCUCCGUAGACAUGACCCUCGAGCUGGCCGAAUCCCCAAAGCACCGCCACGCCCGUGGUGACGCCGAACAGGACGACGGCGUAGAUCUUCGCGCUGACGUCGUACCGGACGAUGGCCUCUCCCUGCGCCAAGACGCCCAGUGAAAACGCGCCGAGGAUGUUCGCGACACAGCUUCCCAGCACGUUCCCCAGGGCGAGUUUGGGUCGUCGCUGGGCGACGGCGGCGACCACGACGGCGAGUUCUUCCCACUCGGCGCCGGCCGUGAGGAGCGAGAUGAGCGUCUCCGAGACGUGCAGGCGGUGGGCGAAGUGGGCGGUGGAGGAGAUGAAGACAUCGGCCGAGAUGCCCAGCGUGUAGAUGCUGAGGAGGAAAGUGCACAGAGGGAAGAGGGUCGAGUCGAUGGAAGAGGCAUCAGUGGCCAUGGCCAUGGCCAUCUUCGUGGAGCUGGAUCUCUCGCACCUAGAUCAUAAAGUUCAAGACGAGAUAGGUAGUCCAACUUUGGCCCAAGUCUUUAGGAAUGUCGCUAGUUACUAUGUCGUUGUCGAUACUGUCAUUGAUGACGGUGAAGUCACCAGAAGCGGAGGAGCAGAAGCAAUG